CAUUCAGAAUAAUACAUUCAAAUUAGUCAGAGGCGCAAAUAGUAUCAGUGAUUACCGGAAUAUUGUGGUACAUGGAUGAUUUGAGGCCUCUUCCGGUGUGGCGCUUGAACGCAGCAUGUGAGGUAAACGAGAGCAGAGGACGAGUCUAGCGCGUGGACAUGUCGGACCCGGCGGCGCAGGCCUUGCAACCCCGACUUCUCCAAGCUCAGACCGCUGGGUCAGCUGGGUCCAGUACCGCCGCGACAGGCUCCGGGUCAGGAAACAGUGACCCGGCGAGACCGGGACUUAGCCAGCAGCAACGUGCAAGCCAGAAGAAAGCCCAAGUCCGAGCUUUCCCACGGGCGAAAAAGCUCGAGAAACUUGGCGUAUUCUCCGCAUGCAAGGCUAGUGACACAUGCAAGUGCAAUGGAUGGAAAAACCCAAAUCCACCGUCAGCCACACGUAUGGACCUGCAACAGCAAGCAGCCAGUCUGAGCGAGCCGUGCCGCAGCUGUGGACAUGCUCUGGCUGACCAUGUGUCCCACUUGGAGAAUGUGUCUGAGGAGGAGAUUAACAGGCUGCUGGGGAUGGUGGUGGACGUGGAGAACCUUUUCAUGUCCGUGCACAAAGAGGAGGACACUGACACCAAGCAGGUCUACUUCUACCUUUUCAAGCUGCUGAGGAAAUGCAUCCUGCAGAUGAGCCAGCCGGUCGUAGAGGGAUCCCUUGGAAGUCCACCCUUUGGGAAGCCCAACAUUGAGCAGGGGGUUUUGAAUUUUGUUCAGUACAAGUUCAGCCACCUGGCACCGAAGGAAAGGCAGACCAUGUUUGAGCUGUCAAAGAUGUUCCUCUUGUGCCUAAAUUACUGGAAGCUGGAGACGCCAACGCAGUAUCGCCAGCGCACCCAGAAAGAUGACGGGACGGCAUACAAAGUGGACUACACAAGGUGGCUGUGCUACUGCCAUGUCCCCCAGAGCAACGACAGCUUGCCGCGCUAUGAAACCACUCACGUGUUCGGACGCAGCCUGCUCAAGUCCAUCUUCACUGUGACCCGACGGCAGCUCCUGGAGAAGUUCAGAGUGGAGAAGGACAAGCUGCUACCAGAGAAACGCACUCUCAUCCUCACACACUUCCCCAAGUUCUUGUCCAUGCUGGAGGAGGAGAUCUACGGAGACAACUCACCGAUCUGGGAGGCUGACUUCACCAUGCCGGCCGCUGACGGCACACAGCUGGGCCAUCAGACAGUGAUCAGUCCUGCUGCCGGGUCCGGCUCCCCCGCGCUGCCCAAAGGUCUGAGCAGCAUCUCCUCUCUGGGCAGCAUGGACACCGGAGAGCCCACCACAGGAGAGAAACGCAAACUCCCGGAGGCGCUGACCCUGGAGGAUGCCAAGCGGAUCCGUGUGAUGGGAGACAUUCCUAUGGAGCUGGUCAAUGAAGUCAUGAUGACAAUCACCGACCCUGCUGCUAUGCUCGGACCAGAGACUAAUCUUCUGACUCCAAACGCUGCCCGUGACGAGACUGCCAGGCUGGAGGAGCGGCGGGGCAUCAUAGAGUUCCACGUCAUUGGGAACUCGCUCUCCCAGAAGUCCAACAAGAAGAUCCUGAUGUGGCUGGUUGGCCUGCAGAACGUCUUCUCUCAUCAAUUACCUCGCAUGCCCAAAGAGUACAUCACACGGCUGGUGUUUGACCCGAAGCACAAGACCCUAGCCCUUAUCAAAGAUGGCCGCGUCAUCGGAGGCAUCUGUUUUAGGAUGUUUCCCACUCAGGGCUUCACGGAGAUCGUCUUCUGUGCCGUCACAUCCAACGAGCAAGUUAAGGGCUACGGGACCCACCUGAUGAAUCACCUGAAGGAGUACCACAUCAAACACAACAUCCUCUAUUUCCUCACUUACGCUGACGAGUACGCCAUCGGCUACUUCAAGAAGCAGGGCUUCUCCAAAGACAUCAAAGUGCCGAAGAGCCGAUACCUGGGAUACAUCAAAGACUACGAGGGAGCGACCCUCAUGGAGUGCGAGUUGAACCCCAGGAUCCCCUACACGGAGCUCUCUCACAUCAUUAAACGACAGAAGGAGAUUAUUAAGAAGCUGAUAGAGAGGAAACAGAUCCAGAUCAGGAAGGUUUACCCAGGCCUGACCUGCUUCAAAGAGGGCGUACGGCAGAUCCCGGUGGAGAGCAUUCCCGGCAUAAGAGAGACGGGAUGGAAACCCAGUAACAAGGACAAAGGGAAAGAGGUGAAGGACCCUGACGUGUUGUACAACAUGUUAAAGAACCUCCUGGCCCAGAUAAAGACUCAUCCCGAUGCCUGGCCCUUCAUGGAGCCGGUGAAGAAAUCCGAGGCUCCGGAUUACUACGAGAUCAUCCGCUUUCCCAUCGACCUGAAGACCAUGACGGAGAGACUUAAGAAUCGAUACUAUGUGACCAAGAAGCUUUUCAUCGCCGACCUGCAGCGAAUCAUCACCAACUGUCGCGAGUACAACCCUCCAGACAGCGAGUACUGCAAGAGUGCCAACACCUUGGAGAAGUUCUUCUACUUCAAACUAAAAGACGGAGGACUGAUCGAGAAAUGAGACGAGAGAGUUAUUUACCCAUUUCUACACCGACGCGGGGCGACUUUCACUCAACCCGGAUGACGAGGGAAAACGUCGCUAUUGUCAUAUCUGAGUUAAUAGAAGGGGUAUGUACGUGACUGGAAUAGUUGGACAAACAGAACCGCUUUGGUAAUAUCAGCUCUAAUUGAGCGUGUCAGCAUUACCUUUAAGGUAGCUUCUGUCACGUCCUCUUUUCCACUUCUCACAGCGGGUCAAGACGACGCGUUUCAUUAAGUGUACCAAAGUUAUCGGUCCAAGUUAUAACAAUGCCACACUUUCCACCAUUGUUUAUCGUCUUGAUUGAUUUUGGUUUUGUCGCAUGCGAUGACAUUUGUUCAUUCCACUUUGCUUACAGCUUGUCACUCAAGCAGAAGUACACGUAGUGUAGAGUUCUUUCACAGGAAACUGGACCUCGGGACCUGAAGCCGCCACGCUGCCUUUCGUUACUGACAGACACUUGAACAUCCGUCCGUCUUCAUGAUGCGUAUAAAGACGAGCGUUGUCCGAGGGGCGGAGUCCUUAAAAUACUUAAAAACAAGCUACUUUGACUCUCGAGUACUCUAACGAUUCCACCAGUUGGUGAAUAAUUAAUGGAACACGGUUGUGAGUUGUUGAUGAAGUGCAAAAUACCGAACGUGAUGGUUACAGCUUUAGUGUAUUUUGAAUAUUAUUUAUCAUUUAGCGACAUUAUUUUCAACAUUCUUCCCAAAAGAAAAAAAGCAUCGAUGACGGAUAAUAAAAAGCGUUUGUUGCUAAUGAUGGACCGGGCAUCAAAUAUGUCAAAACUAAAUAAUUUCCCCAAUCGUUGCCGUCACGAAAACACUGGUGGAUGCGUAAUCUAUGCGGUUAACAUGACGCACACUGUUCACACAUCUGGCAGGGUUUCAUUCAACCCUUCAGGAUGAGGUCACACGUUAGUUGAGCUCGCAGGUGUUCUUGAUGGUUUCGUUCUGUUGCUAGACUCUGUAGUACAGUCGUAUGCACACACACACACACACACACGCUGAGUCGUCUCUUUAGUGUACAGCCACGCUGUCUGUGGUGGUUACUGGGUUGUUUAUGUUGAUGUCGGGGGGGGGGGGGUUAUUUAUCACACCAUACACGAGCUGUAGCGGGUGGUUAAGCUAGGACAGUUAACAAUUUGAAUUCAUUAAAAAACUUUUAGCCAUAGUUGUUGCAGGUUGUUACUUUGAAUGUUUCAUUGACUUGUGUAUAUGUGUGUGCGAGUGUGUUUAUUUUGUACUUGAUUCAUGACUAGCUUGGAAUUACUGAAGUGAUGUCAGCGUUGCAUUAUUCAGGGUUGUCUAUUCUGUACGUUUCCCUCAAUCUACCGAUGCUGCAUUUCAGACUUUCUUAAUAAGUCUGAGUGAAGUUUCCACCUGUUUGAGGAUGGCUACUGUCUAGUUUUACUGUAAAACUCUUCAUGACAAAGUUGUCAUAUACAUAUAUAUAUGUUUAUAUAAUAUAUAUAAACAAAGGUUGUGAACUUCAGUCACUUGACUUUGGCUGAAAGAUUUUGAGGAUAUCAGACAUGACAAAAUAAAAAACUUCACAAAA